CUCACAGGCUUCUGCUGCUGCUGCAUCCAACUACUCGUCUCUCUGCUGAGCCUGCCUAGGCUGACAAUGAAUGGCUGCUGCUAGAGCUGCUAGGAGGGCUGGGGGAGCAGAGCCCCUCCAUUGAGCGAGAUCGCCCCUCUUCUCUUUGCACAGAAGACCUUCCCAAGUGUGGAGGAGAGGAUGGCUCAGAUUCUCCAAAUGGAGAUCCCCAACUUCGGUAACAGCAUCCUGGAGUGCCUGAAUGAGCAGCGGUUGCAAGGUCUGUACUGUGAUGUCUCAGUGGUGGUGAAAGGCCAUGCUUUCAAGGCGCACCGGGCUGUGUUGGCUGCCAGUAGCUGCUACUUCCGGGACCUUUUCAACAACAGCAAGAGUACAGUGGUGGAGCUUCCUGCUGCUGUGCAGCCACAGUCUUUCCAGCAGAUCCUCAGCUUCUGCUACACUGGCCGCCUCAGCAUGAAUGUGGGUGACCAGUUCCUGCUAAUGUACACAGCAGGGUUCCUGCAGAUCCAGGAGAUCAUGGAGAAAGGGACUGAGUUCUUCCUGAAGGUCAGCUCACCCAGUUGUGACUCCCAAGGCUUGCACACUGAGGAGGCACCUUCAUCUGAGCCACAGAGCCCUGUGGCACAGACGUCCACCUGGCCCUCUGGCAACACGCCCCUUCCCCUGGUCUCUCGCAUAAAGACGGAGCAGCAGGAGUCGGACUCUGUCCAGUGCACAUUUGUGGUUAAGCGGCUCUGGGAAAACAGCCAGAAAGAAGGGGGAGGUGGCAGUGGCAGCAAUGGCAGCCGCAAAAUGGCCAAGAUCUCCUCCCAGCAGGAGCUGAGUGGGGGUAACCGGCAGGGCCAGCAGCAGGGCCAGCAGCAGCAACAGGCCCAGCAGCCGGGGGCAUUAUCUGGAGGAGGUGGAGCGGCAAAUGCAGUCAGCGGCGCCAGUACAUCAGACCAGACGAGCCCUGGCACCUCCAGUGCCUACACCAGUGAUAGUCCCAGCUCCUACCACAAUGAGGAGGAUGAGGAGGAGGAUGCUCCUGAGGAAGGUCCCGAUGAGCAGUAUCGGCAGAUUUGCAACAUGUACACUAUGUACAGCAUGAUGAAUGUAGGACAGACUGGUGGGGUGAAAAGGUCAACCACAUCGGGUCAAAAGGACAACAGAAGGCAUGCAACAGUUGAAAAGCAUGCAAUGAAAGCCCUUCACGCUCCCCAUAUGAAGACAGAAAAAGUGGAAGCUUUGCCAGACCAAGUGGCAUCAGAGUCUCGCAACCGGAUACGAGUGCGGCAGGACUUGGCUUCGCUGCCUGCUGAACUCAUCAACCAGAUUGGGAACCGGUGCCAUCCCAAGUUGUAUGAUGAAGGAGAUCCUGCUGAGAAAUUGGAACUUGUGACAGGUACCAAUGUGUACAUCACCCGGGCACAGCUGAUGAAUUGUCACGUCAGUGCUGGGACAAGGCACAAAGUGCUUCUCAGACGGCUGCUAGCAUCCUUUUUUGACCGGAAUACCCUUGCCAAUAGCUGUGGCACUGGAAUCCGCUCCUCCACCAAUGACCCUACCCGAAAACCCCUUGACAGCAGGGUGCUGCAUGCUGUGAAGUUUUAUUGCCAGAACUUUGCCCCCAACUUCAAAGAGAGUGAGAUGAAUGCUAUUGCUGCUGACAUGUGCACAAACGCACGGCGCGUUGUCCGCAAGAGCUGGAUGCCCAAACUGAAACUACUGAAGGCUGAGGGAGACUUCUACACGACCUUCAUCAAUGACACUGGCAAGAUGGAGCCAGACAUCAUGGGCGUGGAGCACAGCUUUGAGACCGGAAGCCAUGACGGUGAUGCAGGCACCUCCACUGAGGGCCUCCAGUAAAACAUGCCCACCUCUUUUUUUUUUCCAGGCAAUGAUUUUUAUUUCCUAAUUUGAAUUUUUGUAGGAUCGUUUUCCACCUUUUUCAUUUCUUUUUUCACCCCCGUUGUUGAUUUUUUUUUCUGGCAGAGGGGAAAGAAAGCACCGUGCCGUCUCCUUUUUAAAAAUGAAUAUCCAGUAAGGGUGUUGAUUCCUAAGGUGCCACCAGCACUGCGAACUCAGAGGGGAGGACAUGCUGCCGCGUGGGCAGUUCUGGCUUGUGUCUUCCCUCCCCUCUGUCCUCGUUCUGCUGUAAAUGGUUUUUAGAUAUAUAUUUUAAUAGAAAUUGUUAAAAACCAAAUCUGUAUGCAAAUGGAGGCCAUGAUCCAGGGAAAUAUAUGCCCAGACCACUACCCUUUCUUCACCAUAUCUGGUUCUCAUAGGUAGGGCUGUACCAUAGAGACUGGCCAACAGGUUGUUCCUCAGGGUCACACCAGAGGAGUGGGGGGAGGAACCCUAGUGCCACAAUAAACACAUAAUGGGAAGGAAAUCAAAGUCCGAGGCUGCUAUCAUGUCACCCCCACACCACUUUCAACCCCCUUCCCCUAGCUUUGCUUUCCCCCUUCAUUCCCCAUCCAUGUUCCUUCCGCAGUCAGUAGCAGCUCUUUAUUCAGGUUUAAAUCACUUUGAUCUUCUAAACCUGUGACCUGUAAGACAACUCAUUAAGGCAGAGCAAGCCCCGGUCAGUGAAGGGAACAGGGAGAACACCUCCUCAGCAUUUAGGUUGGGAAGAGAUGCAGCCGUUUCAUUUUCUGAGCCCUGCAGUACUUCCACUGAGGACCAAUUCAGUUACCCAAUAUCUGUUGAAUAGCUGUAAUCCCUUCCUUUUCUUCCGAUCAGGCAGUUCUCUAAGGCAGUACAUUUCAACACAGGAUGUACAUUUCAAACAGUUUUCCAUCAGCCUGAAUUCUUGUGCCCUGAUCAGGAUGGCUGAGGCUAACUGAUCUCAUCAGAUCUCAGAAGCUAAGCAAGGUCAACCCAGGUUGGUAUUUAGAUGGGAGACCACUAAGGAAGAUCAGGGUUGCCAUGUGGAGGCAGGCAAUAGCAAACCAUCUCCAUUAGCCUCUUGCCUUGAAAACCUUAUGGGAUCUGCAUAAGUCGGUUGUCAUUUGACAGCACUUUCCAUUUCCAGUCUUCUGCACGUGCACAGUGUUUGAUAGCCUACAGUACUACGCGGGCAAAGGCAACCAUUGAAAGGCAAGUUUGUCUGCCUCACCCUGCAGUCCUAGACCAGAAACGUUCCAAGAGUUUGCUUUUUUUAAAAAGCUACUGCUGUCUAAAAGAUCUGUCCCAGUUGGACAGUGGAACAAACAGCAUUUUCCAGCUAUUUCUGCCUCUUGAGUUAGGCUGUAUCCACCAAAUGUCAUGAGGUGCUAAAGGAAGGGGCAAAGCUGAGGGAGAAAGUGUGGCUUCCUUGUUCCUAACAUUGCCACAAAUUGUCUGGCAACAGUGUUGGCACUGAAGUGCAGUUUAUGGAGCAAGGAAAGGUGUUGUCUGUUGAACUCUUAAGGCCAGUGUGCUUUGUCAGUGGCUGAAGCUUUGACUGAGCUCUGUUCUCCAACAACGAAUCACAGGUUUGUAUCAAAUCGUGUAGCAUUUUCGUCUUGGAGAGGAGUGGCAGAUUCUGCAAAUUGUCUCCACCCACUGUAGCCCCUCACCCCCCCCCCCGCCCCCGCCUGAAGUUAUACUGACUGCUGAGGGGGAUCGUGGGAUAAUCUUAUGUAGGUCCCUAAAAUCUAACAACAAUUUAUUGUGUGUGUGGAUAAGACUAUGUUUCUGUCAGAUGUGACUGUGAUGACUAAAUCGGUUGUCCAUUUUCAAAGACAGGAUAUUUCUGAAUACUAGUUGCUGGUGGGAGGCAACAGCCAACGGAGGGUGCUUCAUCCGUCAGAUAAAGGUCGUCAUCAUCCAGUAAAAGCUCACUCUAAGAACUCUGUUAUCUUUUUUAAGGUGCCACAAAUGUCUUUAUUUUUAAUCACAAUAUGAAACUUCAUCACUUGCCUGCCUUCCCCCUUCCUGCCCCCACUCAGCUACCCAGUCAGUUUUGCAUUCAUGAUGCUUCCAAGUGGUGCUAAUUCAGAGGGAAAAACUCCCAUGCUUGGGUUUGUAGACAGUAUCUAAAUCUUGGGGUGUGUUGAAGUCAGUGGGCCACAGAGAGGAUUUCGGGUUGUUUGUGUUCUAGUUGGAAUGGAUGACAUGCCCUCUAGUGCAAGUGCUUGGUCUCCUUUAGUAUUUCUGUUUGUUUAGCUAAGAUAAUGCCUCUCAGUUGCACUGGGGGAGAUCUCUAUUGGAAACCUUUGACAAAUGAGCUGGCUAUUCUUACCGGAAAUCAACCCUGCAGACACCAGUUCCCAGAAAGCCUCUUUGCACAUUUUCAUUGUUAAUAGCAAACCAGCUUUUUCUGAACAAAUCAAGCUGUUCUUUCAAAAUGGGAAAGGAGGCAGUGGGCAGAGAUCUUUUAUUAAAGAAAAUCAACACUUUUUUUUAAAGGUAGCAACCCUUGUCCUUUUAUUUCCAUGGAAAUAAAUUCCGGAGCAGUAGCUGUAUCGUAUCUGUAGUAGCAGAAUGACCAGCUUUAUGGCACCUUAGAAGACUAACAGUUCUUAGCAUCCGUAUAAGCUCAUUGACUUCCAUGGACUUAAAAGGGUGUAAUUCUUCUUAAGAUUGUGCAGUGACUGGUUUCAGGUCAGCUGCUAGUCAGUCACAGUACUUCAGGUAGAUCUUAACUUCUCUGUGAAUUCAAACUACUCUGUUUUAGAACAGAGUUCCUGUUCUAUAAUGAAGGGUUGGCUGUUACCACUUGAGUCUCUGUCACUGUUUAUCUGCUAAAAGGAGGUGGUUUUUAGACAGAGAAAUAGCCCCAAUUACAUCUUGUGAAAUAUUUUUUGUAAUCUUUUUUAUAGACUAUUCCAGUGGAUAGUGCCAACUGUACUGGGUGUGUUUAAGUGAGAAUUGCAAUCUUUGCUCUUGUCUUGAUAAGGAACAGGGAUGGGAGAGGCUUAAAUUGAAUUCUUUAUUGCAAAAUGGGUCUGAAGGUAGCCCAGUGUAUAGAGGGUUCUUUGGUAAUCUGUGAGUACCCCUCAGUAAGUGCUAGCACCUAGUCCUGGUUUAUUGUGAGGAGACAACUUUCAUUUUCCACAUAACAUCCAGAUUCAUUAAUGUUUACCACAUAGGAAGAACACAGAAGCACAAAGUAGGUUUAUUUCCUAAUUAAUUUUGCUUGUAGUCUCAAAACCCGGAGGGAAACAUCUGCGAUGCCAAGAAUACAUUUGGGGAUUCUGCAUCUUGGUUUAAGAGCUUUCCCAUGUAAUUGAACAGUCAUUCACUAUCAAAAUAAUUGAACCAGCAGUACCUGUGAAGAAUUGGUAUAGCUAAUAUCGGAAAACCAAUGUAGAAUUUUAGCUCUGUGAAAGCAUUUUGCACAUCCUGUAUGCAUUCAUUUAUUUACUUAAUUUAUAUCCCACGUUACUUUCCAGUAGGGGACCUGAAGGGGCUUACAUUGUUCUCCAUUUUAUCCCCACAACAACCUUGUCAGGUAGGCUAGGCUGACCAUAUGUAACUGGACAAAGGUCACCCAGCAAGCUUCCAUGGCUUGAACCUGAACCUUCCAGUUCCAACAUUCUAACCAUUACGGCACACAGUUGUCCUAAAAGGGUUUCUAGCUUCUUCAGAACAACUGCUGGUUUUCUUUUGUUAGGACAAUUGGCAGCGCUACAUCUAGGGUUGAAGGGGUGUUGCUUUGUUUUUAAGAAAAUUCUUUGCUACUAAAUGCAGGAUUCUUUUUUUCCUAUUUGUGCCACUGGAGGGAGACAGAUCCAUAUAUUCAAAGACGAAUGUGUUCUAAAUUACACAAUUGGCUGAGGGGGUUCAGUUAACUGGGGCUUGUGAAUUGAAGCACACGAGGCUGGAUAUGGAGAAUCCUGUUUCUUGGGGGCUCACCCAGGGGCUGGUGAUAUCAAAUGUAUUUAAUAGGGUCAGUGAUCAUCUGAUCAUUAAUUUAUUUUAUAAACCUAGGCUGAUUUUAUAUUGCUUUAAGCAGCAUGCCUUCCUGGGGAGCUCUGCUAUUGUAAAUUUGAAACGUGAAAGGAAAUUAAUCUUUUUCAAAAUUGUAAUUCUAGUGGGUCCUUUGGUAAAAACCCAUGAUAAAUGAAGUAAUAGCAAUGUAGUCACGCCUUGACGAUGUCACUGUUUUGCACAAUGCUUUGAGAAGUGGAUUGCAUUUUGCCAACAUCUGAGACUUAAGUUUUGGUUAUUGACACAAUUUCAGAUAAAACACUGACUUUUAACUUUCAAGUCCUUUUCCCCUCUCCUUUUUUCUAUAGAACUCAGGAAGGGUUCUAUUGUCAGCAGCCACUAAUAUUGCUUGUGUGGUCAUCUGUGUAACUAAAUCCAUUCACCCCUGAUGUUAUUUUUUCUUAAGAAGUUGAAAUAUACAACAGAAAAUAUUUAGUAGAAACCAAAUAGGGUGUGUGAAAAGAUUUACUUAUGUUAAAUAAUCUUUAGUCAUGCUCUAGUUAAGGGGUGGGGGUGGAGCAUGGUUUUUAAAAGGUAAGUGAUAUAUAUGCACUCAUAGUGUGUUUAUUUCAUGCUAGUUUUCCUGUUCUACUUAACUCGUUCAAGAGGGAAAUCUAAUGAGCUAUUGUUGUGCAAUGAUUAGCCUUAAUCAAGUCAUGGAGAAUACUAGCAUUGAGCAACAAAUCCCUAAACCAAAUAGGCUAUUGUAGGCUUUCCAAGCUGUGUGGCCAUGGUCUGACAGUUUUUGUUCUUAACAUUUCAUCUGCAUCUAUGGCUGGCAGGCAAAAUAUUAGGAGCAAAAACUACCAGAUUACAGGCACGCAGGCUAAAAAGCCCACAACAGCCAGUUGAUUCUGGCCUUGAAAGCUUUGACAGUACCCUAAACCAAGCACGUUUAACAUUUGUUGUCCUAAUCCAACAAGAGAAGUCUUCAUAAAUACGGUGUUAGUGUUGAUACUUGGAAGCACAUCUCUGUUGCAGUUCUCAUCUGAGUCCUUUUGAACUGCCUGGCCAAAUUCUUUGUUGCAUUUUGGGAUAUACAGAGGAGAGGCUGCCUUUUGUCACAAGUGGCUAGUUGUUCACAGCUGUAGUUUGGAUCAGGCACAAGUUCAUCCCCUUUCCUGGAUACUAUGGCCAUUUUGGGCAGCCCAAUCCAUAGCCCUGGGUAGCCAGGGACAGCAUCACUGUAGCUUCGCCCCACCUCCUACAGAAAGCUUUCUGAUAGCACGGGGAGGGUGAAAAACCCAGAACACCUUGCCCCCAGAAAGCCCUCCACAGGGCUUCAUGGACUUAUACCACCCAAAAGGAUGGCAUAAGUCCAUGGCCAGUGACCUGGGGUGGAAUACAACUAAUGUUGGCUCCAGCCCCGGGAAUGCCUCUGCCAUGCCCAUACUGCCAAUGGGGCCGCUGGUGGUGCAGGAGUGCUUAUGCAGCACUGGAUGCCAAAUCUGGAUGUGUUGGGAGGCUGCAGCAGCUGCCUACCAGCAUAUUUACCUUUCAGCCAUGGUAAGUGCCCGAAGGAGGGCAAAACUGCUGGUGUAGGCUCACACUGCCUCCAGGAGUUGCUUCACCCAUCCCCUAUGGAUUGGGCCAUUAGUCACUCUUUCCUUGGUGCUGCACUGGCUGACCACUGCAUAUGUACACUCUCCCCCCCCCCCUCCUAUUGUAGACCUCUCCUGUUGACUUGGGGUGAGCCUGUGGCUCAGUGGAGGGGCACCUAUCUGGCAUGCAGAAGGCCAGCAUCUCAAGUGGAAGGAUCAGGUAGUAGAUGAUAUGAAAGACCUCAGCUUCAGAUCCUGGACUGCUGCUUCCAGUCUGACUAGACAACGCUGACCUUGAUGGCUCAAUCGAUGGUCUCAUUCAGUAUAAGGCAGCUUCAUGUGUGUUCAGGUCGAAGGGUUCUAAACUGAAUGGGUGCAAGAACAUUCCAUCCCCUCUUUUUGCAAGACUGCUUCUGCUGUGAUAAUAACGUUGGUAUUUGUAGCAGAGAGAACUGUGAAAUAAAGAUUGGGUGGCUUAUAUUUAGUUGGAGGUUACUGUGAUAAAUGUGGAACUAGAAGGGACUCUUCAGCUGACUAUCCUCAGGAGAAUUACUGGGGUUUGGAUAUAUACCUUGUCUCAUAUUUCAGGAGUUAGCUGGACCUCCCCCCCCCUCCCCCCGCAACAACAAAACAAAUUCAGUCCUAAAAAGUGAGUCUUAUUAAAUCUAGACCAGGGGUCUUCAACCUGCAGCUCUCCAGAUGUUCAUGGGCUACAAAUCCCAUGAGCCCCUGCCAGCAUGGACAAUUGGCCAUGCUGGCAGUGGCUGAUGGGAAUUGUAGUCCAUGAACAUCUAGAGAGCCGCAGGUUGCAGACCCCUGAUCUAGACAGUCCUCAUGUAUCCUCACCCAGUUGUGUUUUCUAUUUAUGUUACGUUAUUGUCUGGAGCUACAAAAAUUGUUUCAAUUCUGGAAUGACCAGUAGAUGCAGAAUGAUCAUUCUUCCUAACAGUCCUACCCGGUUCUGCCCAACUGCGGUCCUAGCAGAACAUUCUGGCUGUGCUGCUGAAUGUUGGGAGCUUCAUUAGUAGGUUUUCUUUAAAAUACUGUACAUGCUUGCUAAAAAUGCCACCUUGUAUAUGACAGAGGGUAGUUGUACCUGUGAUUGGCCACGGCUUGCUGAUGCAUGUACAUUUCUUGUUGGUAACAUCUUUGGUAAUCCAUCUGUUUUGUCUGUUUCCACCACUCAUAUUAGGAUCUGUCCUUUUAAGCGAUUUUCCUUCGUCCUUUUCUCCCCUCCACAGCUGAUUUGAAAGUGCAGGUAGUGAAUGGCCAGACUAGGUAGUAGAAAUGUCUUACUUGGCCAGGCACAAAAAAUGUACAUUCCACAUUCAUCUGGCAUUUCUUUUGUAGCUCUACCAUUUGAUAGUCUGUGAGAGGACAAACCUGUUGCUGAUCCAUCUUGUUUACCUAGUUGCCUAGCUUAGUACUCUUAAGCCUAUGCUCAAGCUCUUGUGGAGUGGCAUGCCUUUCUUCUCCCACUCCCUUUUAGCCAGCUUUGCACUAGCUCCCUUCCAUCAUUCAUGUCCCCUCAUGCAAGGUUAGUGCUUCCAAGAGCAUCUCUGACAACCUGCUUGAACUGGGGCAGGGCGGGGGAGGCAGGUUAAGAUUGUCUAAUAGGCUAGUGAUGUUUCACUUAGUAUAAACCUUAAAAUUUAGCCUUAUUUGAGCUUGGUAUUUUCUUGACGAAGGGAAAGAGUGGAGAUAAUAGUGGUAUCUGCCAGGGAGGAUUGGUUGUUGAAGAUUCUGAUUCUUGUGGCAUCUUACUUGACAUCUAAAACUACAAAUUCCUAGUUUUAAAUGGAAAAGGGAGGAGCAUAAAUAUACCAUCCUGUUCAUAUUUAUCGGUUCCAGAGGGCACUAUCUAUGUGGACCCCUCUGAUUGGAACCAAGUGGAGUUUGUCCAGAUCAGCUGAAUUUUGAAGAAGUCUGUUUACACUGGAACAUAUAUCAGAAUAGUCUCUAGAGUUGUGCUGGCAGACAUGUUGUACUAUGUUGGUUUACUUACCAGAAGAUUGGCAGAAUGAUAAACAAAGCAUCUACUAACUUUGGACUUAAAGGUGGGAGGGUCUUAAAGGGGCUUGUUCGGCUAGUGAACUGGGAUUUCUUGCAAUGUGAGGCUACCAGAUCAAAACGGGACACUGGAGAAGGAAUCUCUUAGUCUGGUAGAAUGAUGCUACUCAGAAACAAGGCAUCCUUUUUAAAGUCAAAGAUAAUUUAAGAACCCAAGAUGAUCCAUUCUUCAUAAACAUAGGGAGAUCUUACACAAAAAUCACUGGAAUGGGUUACAAUACAUCUGCUGUGUUCCCUCCUCAUUAGCUGUGCUCAAAGCUGAUGACUAAUUCCAAAUCCUAGGUUAGAUUAUCACUGAUAGGCACCUGCAGGGCCAGUGCUCCAAUCAUCUUUCUCCCACCCCAGCAAGUGCUAUGAAAACACUGUGAGGGAAGGGGGUUGGGACUUGGUUUGUGCCUAGCCAUCAGCAGCUUGGAAGGCGACUGGCAUUGCCACAAGAGCCUCCGGAACCACCAGCUGGGUCUGAUCCACUGCAGGAGGCAAAGCAACAGAAUACCUCUAACCCUCCUAGUCACCUAGAUUCAAAACAGCUGGUUCCCUUUUUUUUGUUAGCCAGCUGAAAUGCCCUCCAAAACAUCACAUUUGCAUCUUGGACCUGCUUUCUGCUGGAGAGGAGAAUAACUCCAGAUUGAGGGAAGGGUAGUGUGGCCUUUCUGUAUCUUUUUUGGUUCUAUCCACUUUGUCAUUGUUCAUUUUGAUUUUUGUUGUUUUUCUAAACUAGGGCAAACAAUUUUUUUAAAAAGGACAAAAAAUGUACACUGAAAAGCACUAACAAAGCCUGAAUAUGUAACCUUCUGUGCAGAUGCAGCAUGGACUUUCUCUUAUCCCCCUUCCAGGCGCUUUGGGUUGAUGCAAGCAGCUACUCCAAUAUUGGCCUCCUUUCCCUGCCCUGCCCCUUGUAAAAUCCUUCCACAGGAAAACAAAUCCUUUAAAAUAAAUUAACAAAAGCAACCUCCCCUUUUCCCAGCCCCCUGCCCCCAGCACUCCCUGCUUUUACCUCGAAACCCAUUCCCUUCGCCCCUGGAUAAUGCCAGUAUUUGUUCUGUGUUAUAAAGUGCCAAGAAAAAUUUUGUGACUCCCUCAUCCCUGUGACCUGAGAGUAUCAAGAAUUGCACAUUAACUACUGUAAAGAUUGAAAAAAGGAAUUCAGAAAUGUUAAUAAAAAAAAGUUUGUAACAA